GGGGAAAAAAAUGAGGAAAAUUAUCGAGCGUCAAUGGAAAAUAGAGAAAUCAGAAAAGAGUGGGAAAAACUCGGAAAGAACACAGCUUGUUGGGUGUGGUGGGGGAAGGUUGGGGGUGUUAGAGAGAGAAAACAAGAGAGAGAAAGCUUUUUCCCCCACUUUCUUCCUCUCUUUCAGACAAGAUGGUCGAAGAAGAGAGUCUCCUCCUCUGAGAUCAUCCUGGAAAGGGCAGUCAAGAAAUAAGAAAAAAGCUAUUCAAUUUCUUAAUAUUGUCAUAUAAUAUAUUUGCCUCAUCAUCAUUCAAUUUCUUUUCUAUGUAAAAUUUGUUUUUUUCUUUCUUUUUGGAUCCUUUUUUGUUCUAACCCCCCAUCACCAUCACCACCACCUGGAAUGUAACCUUCUUUUUUUGUUUUUUUGAAAUCAAAUUUCAAGAUUGUGACAAUAAUUGCAGCAAAAGAAGAUUCUGUAAUUUUAUCAUAUCAUUUAUUCGUUGACUGCCCUUUUUCCCUGCUUUUCUGCUCAAAAAAAUUGAAUCUUUGAGAAAUUGUUAAUAAUUGGCCGUGGCUGGCGAAAACAGAGGUAUUAUAGCUUGAGUUUGAUAUCCAUAUCAAUGAGGGAUACCAAUUUGGUGAAUGUGUCAAAGAGGGCUGACAUUUUACAUUUUAUCUGCAAAAUAGCUUUUGCUUCAUAGGAAUUGUAUCCACAAAAACAUAGGAGUGCUUGUGUUUUUCGUUAUCGUUGUUGUAUGAGUGUUGUUGUUUUCGAGUAAUAGUUGUUGCUCGGAGGGCCAAUUUGUUCAUAAAAUAGAAAAAAGCUGGCGAUUUUGUAUAGAGCUGUUGGCAGAGCCUAUCACUGCCUCAUCUGCACCCACACAGUGUUUGGAAAGCAAUGGGAAGUAGAUGGACAAUUCAUGGAAUCCAGUUCUCGUAUCUCGCCCUUCUGAUUCUUGUGUCAGAUGUUCAUGGCUGUUGCUCGCUUAAUUCUGAAGGACUAGCGUUGUUAGAAUUCCGAGCAAGAGUGGAGUAUGAUCCACAUCGAGCUCUCGAGAAUUGGAAUGUCGAUGACUGUGAUCCAUGCUUGUGGUCUGGCAUCCAUUGUGUGGAUGGUAAUGUGCAAAUGCUGGACCUUAACGGGCAUGAGCUGGAAGGAACACUGGCGCCAGAGCUUGGAAAUCUCCCUCACUUGAAAGUGCUUGUACUCUCCAAGAACCAUUUUUCGGGUGUAAUUCCCCAAGAAGUUGGACAACUCGAAAUGCUAGAAGUGCUGGAUUUGACGGAUAACAACUUGAGCGGAACUAUUCCUGCACAGAUAGGAGGCCUACAGUUACUAAGAAGCUUGUUGCUUUGUAACAAUAACUUUGAAGGAAGUAUUCCUUCGGAGAUUGGGAAACUUAACUUUCUGACUCAAUUUCAGUUUGACCCGAACCUCACUUCUGAUUUUGCUUCAGGAACUGGCUGUGUAAAUAGAAAAUUCGGGGACUGCAUCUGGCAUGUCAGCUGGAAUCCAUUGAGGAAAGCCGAUUUCUUGCUGACAUCUAUAAAAGUGGUGUUGAUGCGUUACCUCAAUCGGAUCUCAGUUUUCAAUCUUGGAAAGGGAUCUUUGCACCAAAAUACCAGCUGCUACUCGGAUGAUCUGCCAACAGGUUCUCCUAGCCCGCACAUAAUCCACACUCUAGAGAGUCCACCUAACCCCACACGACGCAAGUUACUUGAAGGAUCAAAUAACCUUGCUGCUGCUCCUGCCAAUGGUGGGGCGCCAUUGGGUAAUGUUAUUGCUCAGCCAAGCAGCAGAAGUAGCGGGUCAUUCCCAGCUGUGCCUGGGAAUGUCGCACCAUCUUCUACAACAUCACCCCCACAGCAAGAAAGUGGAACAGGCCCUGGUCCUGAUCAAGGAGAAGCUGAUAUUCCAGUUCCGGAUUCUGAAAAAUCUCGACUUAGCUGGAAGUAUAUAGUAGCCAUUUUUUUGGGACUUCUCUUACUCAUCAUUAUUAUCGCAAUCAUCUGCAUUUGCAGAAGCAGAGCAGCAAGGUCCAUUGGCCCUUGGAAGACUGGAUUGAGUGGACAAUUGCAGAAAGCAUUUGUUACAGGUGUACCAAAGCUGAACAGAUCUGAGUUAGAAACAGCAUGUGAAGAUUUCAGCAAUAUUAUAAGCACUCAUGCUGCUUUCACUAUGUACAAGGGUACUCUGUCAAGUGGAGUAGAGAUUGUUGUUGCUUCAACCGCCAUAAGUUCUAUGAAAGACUGGUCCAAACGUGCAGAAAUAGCCUUCAGGAAGAAGAUUGAUACUCUUUCCCGGAUCAACCACAAGAAUUUUGUUAACCUCAUUGGCUAUUGUGAGGAGGACGAGCCUUUUACUAGAAUGAUGGUGUUCGAGUAUGCUCCAAAUGGAACUCUUUUUGAACAUCUUCACGUUAAAGAAGUUGAACAUCUCGACUGGAAUACAAGGAUGAGAAUUAUAAUGGGGACUGCAUAUUGUAUACAGUACAUGCACGAUUUAAAUCCACCCUUGCCUCAUUCAAACAUCAGUUCUAAAUUCAUAUACUUGACAGAUGAUUAUGCAGCUAAGAUUGCAGAGAUGAGUUUCUGGGAAGAAUUGGCAACCAAGUCAAAAUCUGGGGAAAACGAAGAGAAUUCUGAACUGCCACCACUUGUUGACCCCGAAACGAACAUCUACAGCUUUGGACUUGUGUUACUAGAAACAGUUACUGCAAAACUACCUUACUCAGAAGAGCAAGGCCCUCUUCUCAACUGGGCUGCGCAAUACAUGAGCAACAGGCAGAGCUACAGCCAACUGGUUGACCCGACAUUGAAGUCCUUCAACGAGGAUGAGCUAGCAUUGGUGUGUGAGGUAAUCCAGGAAUGCGUCCGGCAAGACACCAGGAAGAGACCAACCAUCAAGGAAGUGAUAGAGAAGCUAAGGAAAGUCCUCGAUAUCUCCCCCGAGGCUGCAGUUCCCAGGUUGUCGCCGCUCUGGUGGGCUGAACUCGAGAUCCUAUCAGCUGAGGCGCCUUAGUCCUCUCUACAUAUUACCUGGUUUUUGUAAGUGAAAAAAAGGAUUGCUUAGCUUUAACAAUGUUUAUGUAUGUAUGCACACAAUCUCAAAAGUCAAAACCUCUCCCAUGCUCACAUUUGUAUGUAUUCUUCCAUCUUAUUGUCAUUGUAAAAGGUUUUAUAGUACACACUAUUGUAGUGCUACUACUGCUGUGAAUAUUCAUUCAGAAUUGGUAUGUAACAUAAAAGAAAGAAAGAAAAAAAAUAGAUGAAUUUGAACAGCA